AUGCCGUCCCUACCGCGACAGAUGCAGCUGUUCGUGCUGAUCGCUGCUUUCUUGGCGGCGACGGCGAUGGGUGCUUCGAGUCCAAACCACGAGCACUCUUUACCGUCGUACCAUUAUGGCGCCCCGAUACGGGUCGAGUGCAUGAACCGAAGCUCGGAAACGGGCGAACACAUCGAAAACGCACAGCACGAAAUCCAAUGGAUCCCUUUCCCGGUCUGCAACGAGACGAACCAGCCACUCGAAUUUAACUACGGCAUCGAGGGGGAGCAGAACUGCACCAUCCCCAUGAUCAGCGACCCCUUCUUCCACCUGCUCGAGUUCUACAUCCACAACGACGCCCCGUUAUCCUGCCGCCUUCCCGCGCGGCCCCCGCCACACAUCACAGCCGUCGGGGAGAAGCCGCCGGCGCAGGAGUACAUCCCGCUGGUGUUUGCGCUGGCGGGCACGCUACAGCUGAGCCACAUGCACAUCAGCACGCACCUCAACGUGCUGCUGCACAGCACCCCGAAGCACCACGUGCAGCCGCGCGACAGUGGCGUGCUCGACAGUGGCACCGCCUACAGCACCAGCCCGCUUACCCACCUUGAGGGCAGUGCGACCCGGCGCCUGGUCAUAGGGGACCCGCUGCCGUUCAGCUUCAGCGUGCGCUGGUUCCCCACUCCGGCCCUACCCAAGGUCGCCGGCAAGGUCGUGUGGGCCGGCAUGGGCGGCCACAUCUACGCCAGCACCGUCUUUUACAGCCUGGUGUCGUUUUGUGCCGGCGCCGUGGUCUCGGCCGUUUACUUCUUUGGGUCGGUAAUGCCUAGGCGGCUCAGGGGGCGGGGCCUCGGCAGCGCGACCCCGCUUGGUUAUGGGGUGAACGCCGUCGGGAACGGCUGGGGAUACCAGAAGCGGGCGGUCGACUGA